AUGUAUGCACGCAUUUAUCUAUCUAUCUAUCUAUCUAUCUAUCUAUCUAUCUAUCUAUCUAUCUAUCUAUCUAUCUAUCUAUUUCAUCUCUCUUUUCCGACCAUCUACAACCAGUACCAAAAGCUAAUUGAAGCUGAACGUCUGUGGUUAUCCGUACCCCCAUUGUUCACAUCUAUCUAUCUAUCUAUCUAUCUAUCUAUUAUAGUUUGUUUAUCUAUCUAUUUUAAUCUCUUUAGCUAUCUAUCCAUUAUAGUCUGUUUAUCUCUAUGUAUGUGUGUAUCUAUCUAUCUAUCUAUCUAUCUAUCUAUCUAUCUAUCUAUCUAUUAUAUAUGUUUAUCUCCCUAUGUUUGUAUGUAUGUAUGUAUGUAUGUUUGUAUCUAUCUAUCUAUCUAUCUAUCUAUCUAUCUAUCUAUCUAUCUAUCUCACUCAACCUAUUACAAUCUAUCUAUCUAUCUAUCUAUCUAUCUAUCUAUCUAUCUAUCUAUCUAUCUAUCUCCUGUUUAUCUCUCUAUUUGGUGCAGUUCUUGUUCCUCUUUUGUCAUCCUCUUUCGAUUAUACCACCUUUUACUUCUUCUUCUUUCUUCUUUUUCUUCCUCUUCUCCUUUUUCUUCCUUUAUUAUUUUCUUCUUUUUUCUUCUUUUGUCAUCCUCUUUCGAUUAUACCACCUUUUACUUCUUCUUCUUUCUUCUUUUUUCUUCCUCUUCUCCUUUUUUUUUUUCUUCCUUUAUUAUUUUCUUCUUUUUCUUCUUUUGUCAUCCUCUUUCGAUUAUACCACCUUUUUACUUCUUCUUCUUUCUUCUUUUUUCUUCCUCUUCUCCUUUUCUUUUUCUUCCUUUAUUAUUUUCUUCUUUUUCUUCUUUUUUGUCAUCCUCUUUCGAUUAUACCACCUUUUACUUCUUCUUCUUUCUUCUUUUUCUUCCUCUUCUCCUUUUUCUUUUUCUUCCUUUAUUAUUUUCUUCUUUUUUCUUCUUUUGUCAUCCUCUUUCGAUUAUACCACCUUUUACUUCUUCUUCUUUCUUCUUUUUCUUCCUCUUCUCCUUUUUCUUUUUCUUCCUUUAUUAUUUUCUUCUUUUUUCUUCUUUUGUCAUCCUCUUUCGAUUAUACCAUCUUUUACUUCUUCUUCUUUCUUCUUUUUCUUCCUCUUCUCCUUUUUCUUUUUCUUCCUUUAUUAUUUUCUUCUUUUUUCUUCGUUUGUCAUCCUCUUUCGAUUCUACCACCUUUUAUUACUUCUUUUUCUUCUUCUUCACCUUCUCAUUUUUCUUUUUCUUCUUUUAUUUUUCAUCAACUUUCGUCUUUUUCUUUCUUCUUUUUUGUUUUUCAUUGUUUUUCUUCUUCUUUUUUCUUCUUUUUCUUCGUAUUUCUUCUUCUUUUUCUUCUUCUUCACCUUCUUCUAUUUAUCUUCUUCUUUUCGUCUGCUGCCUUUAUUCUUUUUUCCUUUUCUGCUUCUUUUUCUUCUUCAUCUUAUUUUUCUUUUUCUUCUUCUUUUAUUUUUUCAUCAACUUUCAUCUUUUUCUUUCUUCUUUUUUUCUUUUUCCUCUUGUUUUUUCUUCUUCUUUUUUCUUCUUCUUCGUAUUUCUUCUUCUUCACCUUCUUCUAAUUUUCUUCAUCUUCUUUUCGUCAUCUUCUUCCUUUUUUCCUUUUCCUUUUCUAUUUCUUUUUCUUCUUCUUCGUCUUCGUCUUAUUAUUUUUCUUUUUUCUUCUUUUAUAUUUCAUCAACUUUCUUCUUCUUUCUUCUUCUUCUUCUUCUUCUUUUUUCUUCUUCUUCCUCUUAUUCAUUCUAUUUCAUUUCCUUUUUUUAUCUUCUGCUGCUACUUUUUUCGUCGCCAUGAUGGUUUUUUUUCUUCUCUGCUUUACCCCAUCACUCUUUUAUUCCCUUCAAUAUCUGACAUUUCUUCUUUUAAUUUAGAUCCGAAUUAUCAUUCCGGACCCAACAUUUCAUCUUCACGUUGUCGCUUUUACGUUUCUGAUUCUUUUCAAUCGCUUCUAUUUUCCUCGCAGAAACUUCUUCUUUAUCGACCUAUUUUCCUUGUUCCUCAUGGCUUUUUCCUCUUCCUUAUUUCUUUAUUUUUCUUUCUCACUGCCAACUUAUCGACACCCAAUAAAUUCAAAGCCAGUUUAAUCUCUGAGUGA